AUGGAUAUGGAAAAGUUGAAGAAGAUGCAGCAGUCGGUGCGAAUUGGUUGCGAUGCUGACAGUGCUAUGAACAGUGGAAAAGGCACGCCAAGAAGAAAGGUCAAGAAGGUCCACAAGAGCGCAGGCGCAGACGACAAGAAGCUGCAAACUUCCUUGAAGAAGCUCAACGUCCAGCCCAUCCAAGCCAUUGAGGAGGUCAACAUGUUCAAAUCCGACGGAAAUGUCAUCCACUUUGCGGCUCCCAAGGUCCACGCGGCGGUCCCAGCUAACACCUUCGCGAUCUACGGUAACGGUGAAGACAAGGAGCUCACCGAGCUCGUGCCCGGUAUCCUCAACCAACUCGGCCCCGACUCGCUCGCCUCGCUCCGAAAGCUGGCCGAGAGCUACCAGUCGAUGCAGAAGGCGGAGGGCGGUGAUGACAAGAAGGACGAUGACGAUGACGACAUUCCGGAUUUGGUCGCGGGGGAGAACUUCGAGGACAAGGUCGAAUAA